CACCUGGUCACCGCAUGCCCUAAGCAAACAUCUGCGCUUAUGUUCCAUUAGUUAUGGACUUUCCCUCGCCUCCGUGGCGCGGCGCAUGCUCAGUCGGCGAGUCACGUGAUGCAUGUCAUGGCCGCCUCCAUGGCCUGGGGAGGCGUGAGUGCCAGGGUUCUGCUGCAGGCUGCCAGGGGCACCUGGUGGAACAGACCUGGGGGCACUUCGGGGUCGGGGGAGGGGGUGGCGCCGGGGACAACCAGAAAGUUUCAAGCGACAGGCUCGCGCCCGGCGGGAGAGGAGGACGCCCGCGGCCCGGAGCGGCCCGGGGACGUGGUGAACGUGGUGUUCGUAGACCGCUCAGGCCAGCGGAUCCCAGUGAGCGGCAGAGUCGGGGACAAUGUUCUCCACCUGGCCCAGCGCCACGGGGUGGACCUGGAAGGGGCCUGUGAAGCCUCCCUGGCCUGCUCCACCUGCCAUGUGUACGUGAGUGAAGACCACCUGGAUCUCCUGCCUCCUCCCGAGGAGAGGGAAGACGACAUGCUAGACAUGGCCCCCCUCCUCCAGGAGAACUCGCGGCUGGGCUGCCAGAUUGUGCUGACGCCAGAGCUGGAAGGAGCGGAAUUCACCCUGCCCAAGAUCACCAGGAACUUCUACGUGGAUGGCUACGUCCCCAAGCCCCACUGACAUGAACACCUGGACCAUUCCACAUUGCCAUGGCCCCAGGGCCCAGAUUGAGGGAAUAGCCAGGUGCCAGCCCUGCCCAGAGCACGGAGAGGCCCGGGAGAGACGUGGAAGCCCCUAUGAAGGACAACACCCCUGCUUGGGAGAGAGUCCCAUGUCCAGGCUCUGACGGGGACAGGGCCCCUAGUGGGGUGGCCUUCCCCAAGCCCCUGAGAAUCAGGGUGUGAGUAGGAGUGGACUCAUAUUGGAGCUGCAAUAAAUCGAUAACACAG